AUUAUUAUUAUUAUUAUUAUUUUUAUAUUUAAAUUUUUAAAUAUUUUAUGUUGGUUUGUUUUUUUAUUGGGUUUUGUGUUGGAGUUAUGUGGAGCAUGGAUUUUGUAGUUCUAGAAGAUCUAGGAACAAAAUUCUAGAUUUUAUUUUUUAUUUUUGGAUUUUUGGGGGUUUUGUUGGGUUUUAGAGGUUUAGAUUACUGAUGCUGUUGAUGGGGUUUUUCUUACUUUCCUUGGAAAUUUAAAGACUAGAGAGAAAUAGGAGUGUAAGGGUACUUUUUUUUUUCGAUUGAAUCUGUUUGGUUGAUUGGUUUUUCUAGAUUUGCUUGUUUUUGGCCUUUUCUUUUAAAUUUAUAGACAGAAAAGAACUAUAUUUUUUGGUUGAUGGGUUUUUCUUAUUUUGUGUUAUUUUGGGUUUUUCUGGGACAUGUGAAAUUAUCUGUUUUCAGUUGAUGGGUUUUCUCUUGAUUUUCUUAUUUUGGGUGUUUGUCGUUUCUUAUUUGAUGUUAUAUCAAGGCGGCUCGUCAAGAUUUCAUUGUGGUGUAUCUGUUUCUGAUGACAUGCUGUUGCAUUUGUAAUGGUGAAGUCAUGGAGCAAAGGACUGAUUUCUUUAGUAAUAAAGGGGAGCUUAUGUUCAAAUGGUGGGAGAAAUUCUCUGGAAGAGGCUGGAAGAUAUUCCAUUGCUACCCAUGUAUAAGCUCGAAGAAGGUCCAGCAAGCAUGGUGUAGGAAGGUUCUGAUUAUAUGGGUGUUCUGUUCGUUAAUGGGGGCAUCAUCAGUUUUCUUGUAUAUGAACUCUCAGGCAGUCGAGAAGCGGAAAGAGAUGCUCGCAAACAUGUGUGAAGAGCGGGCCAAGAUGCUACAGGACCAGUUUAACAUGAGUAUGAAUCAUGUUCAGGCAUUAGCCAUCUUGGUUUCGACGUUUCACCAUGGGAAGAAUCCGUCUGCAGUCGAUCAGGUGACUUUCGCACGGUACACUGAGCGAACUGCCUUUGAGCGGCCGUUGACGAGCGGUGUGGCGUAUGCUGUGAAGGUGCUUCACUCUGAACGAGAGCAAUUCGAGAAGCAGCAGGGCUGGACCAUCAAACAGAUGGAUUCCCAAGAACAAUCCGCCGUUCGGAAGGACGACAAUGCGGCUGAGACCUAUGAGCCAUCUCCAGUUCAGGAGGAAUACGCUCCCGUUAUCUUUGCACAGGAUACCAUCUCGCAUGUCGUGUCUCUUGAUAUGUUGUCUGGAAAGGAAGACCGUCAGAAUGUCUUACGGGCCAGAGCUUCGGGAAAAGGGGUCCUCACUGCUCCUUUUAGGCUAAUAAAAUCGAAGCUUCUUGGGGUCAUUUUAACAUUUGCUGUUUACAAGUACGACCUUCCGUCGAAUGCAACGCCAAAAGAGCGUAUUCAAGCAACUAAUGGGUACCUUGGUGGGGUUUUUGAUAUAGAAUCACUGGUGGAGAAGUUACUUCAGCAACUUGCAAGUAAACAAACUAUUAUCGUGGACGUGUAUGACACCACUAAUUCUUCAGAUCCGAUCAGCAUGUAUGGUUCAAAUGUGUCGCAUAAUGGCAUCGAUCAUAUUAGCCCCCUUAACUUUGGGGACCCUUCCCGAAAGCAUGAGAUGCGUUGCAGAUUCAAGCAGAAGCCACCAUGGCCAUGGUGGGAGAUGUUGUCAUCAUUUGGGAUUGUUGUGAUUGCCUUGCUAAUUGGGUAUAUAUUUUAUGUGACAAUGAACCGCAUUGCAAAAGUGGAGGAUGAUUACCGUGAGAUGAUGGAACUGAAAAAGCGGGCAGAGGCAGCGGAUGUUGCGAAAUCACAGUUCUUGGCUACUGUCUCCCAUGAGAUCAGGACUCCGAUGAAUGGUGUUCUUGGUAUGUUGCAGAUGCUCAUGGAUACAGAUCUCGAUGUAACACAACAAGAUUAUGUGAGAACCGCUCAAGCCAGCGGAAAGGCUCUGGUGUCACUCAUAAAUGAGGUUUUAGAUCAGGCGAAGAUCGAAUCCGGUAAACUUGAGCUUGAAGCAGUCCAGUUCAAUUUGCGUGCGCUUUUGGAUGAUGUUUUAUCGCUUUUCUCAGGAAAGUCUCAAGAUAGAGGGAUAGAGUUGGCAGUGUACAUCUCUGAUCAGGUCCCAGAAAUUCUAAUCGGUGAUCCAGGCAGGUUUCGGCAAAUCAUUACGAAUCUCAUGGGGAAUUCAAUCAAAUUCACAGAGAAAGGGCACAUCUUUGUAACCAUCCAUCUCAUUGAAGAGAUGAACUCAUUAGAAUUUGAAACUAGUGUAUCACUUACAGAUACCUUGAGCGGCUUUCCUGUGACAGAUAAACGCAGUAGCUGGAAAAACUUUAAGCUAUUCAAUCAGCAAGGACCCUUGUUUCAGCCACCAUUCUCAUCAGCUUCCUCCGAUCUCAUCAAUUUAAUCAUAUCAGUUGAGGAUACGGGCUCAGGCAUCCCUCAAGAAGCUCAAUCUCGCGUUUUCACCCCAUUUAUGCAAGUAGGUCCCUCCAUUUCACGCAUACACGGGGGCACGGGUAUCGGAUUGAGUAUCAGCAAAUGCUUGGUGGGCCUUAUGAAUGGAGAGAUAGGAUUCGUCAGCGAGCCUCAUAUUGGUUCCACUUUCACAUUCACAGUUGUCUUUACCAAUGGUGUUGCUGCUUCGCAUGAGUCAAAAAAACAUCAUCACCAACAAAUCAAUGUCCAAUAUAAUUCUGAAUUAUCGGAAUUCCGAGGCAUGAUGGCGUUGGUGAUUGACCCAAGACCAGUACGUGCCAAGGUUACGAAGUAUCACCUUCAAAGACUUGGGAUUCUCGUCAAGGUUGCUUCUAAUAUAAAUGAAGCUGUCUCUAGUAUAACCAGUGGGACCCAUGUCAUCAACAUGAUCCUUGUCGAGAAGGAAGCUUGGUUUAAGGAUAGUUGUCUACCGUCCCCUUUGGUUGAGAAUUUGUGGAAGCAUGGGCGACUAGACAUGCCCAAAAUCUUUCUUCUGGCAAAUAAUAUUCACUCUACCAAGAUCAACACCGUUAAAUCUCAUGGGUGUAUUCUCAUGGUCAUCAUGAAGCCCCUGAGAGCUAGUAUGCUGGCUGCAUCUCUACAACGGGCCAUGGGUGUCGGAAACAAGGGAAAUUGUUGUAAUGACGUGCUCCCAUUAUCAUCUUUGUACAAUCUUCUGCAUGGGAAGAAUAUUUUGGUUGUGGAUGACAAUAUGGUCAAUCUCAGAGUAGCUGCCGGUGCUUUGAAGAAGUAUGGAGCUGAAGUGGCUCAUGCUGAAAGUGGAAAACAGGCGAUCGCAAUGCUUAAGCCGCCCCACGACUUUGAUGCAUGCUUCAUGGAUAUUCAGAUGCCAGAGAUGGAUGGGUUUGAAGCUACAAGACAAAUUCGAGAUAUGGAACAUGAAGUCAAUAACUGCAUUCAACAUGGACAGAUAUCAUUUGAAGAUUAUAAACAUGUUAUGUCUUGGCAUGUACCAAUAUUGGCCAUUACAGCGGAUGUAAUUCAGGCUACACAUGAGCAAUGCUUGAGGAGUGGAAUGGAUGGAUAUGUAUCGAAGCCUUUUGAAGGAGAACAACUCUGCAGGGAAGUCGCACCCUUUUUCAAGUCAGCCGCCUCAAAGUCCCAAUAGAACACUUAAAAGUGGCAUUGUGGAUGCUUGAGAAUUGAGGAUAUUGGCAAAAGUGGUCGUCUACGAUGUGGCAUUGUAUGCCUUCAAAGGUUGCCAUACAUAGUUUAUUGUUCUAUCCCAUGAUCGAUAUGGUCUCGUGCUAUUUGCAAGUUUAAUCAAACAGAAGAUUCAAUCUAACUUACCCUCACAUUGUUGUCGAACUUUGCCUUUUACAUGAUUGGAUUGAUUAACAUGUGACGUGUGGAGUUCAUGGACCACUACAGCAUUGUUGAUAUGGCUUCAAACAGAUGAAAGGGGUAUGCUCAAACACGUUCCUGCAAAUGAGUUCAAUCAUUUAAAAUUAAAUUAGAAUUGUGUAGAUUCUUUUUUCUUUUCCUGAAAGUAAUUGAAAUUGUACAGAUAUUGGGAACUUUGAAUUUACCGUCACUUGGUAGAACCAAGUUCAGCUGUACAGGAAAAUUUGGAUGUAAAAUAUGAAAUCCAAUAAAAGAUGGUUUACAUUAUGAA